AUGAAAGAUGGAGUGCUUGUCCUGGUGGAUACAGACCUGCGGCUUGGCAGACCUUUCUGUUCAGUCGCAGACCUGAAGAAUGCGGUUGCUCUGGAGGUUGAGCAGAAGCAUUUCACUUCCAGGUCUACAUUCGGUCGUGGAGGAUUUUUUGCUAGAUCACCGGCGCACUUACGAAAGGAGCUGGAAGAUGAUAUUCGAGAUCGCUUGCGCUGUCUGCUUUCAGGAAGAGCCGCCGAUCAACCUCCCCACAACACUUCUAGCGUGAUCCAGGCUGCAGAAGCAUCCUUGAUAGGCUUUGCCGAGAAAUCCGUCUGCCUUUUAUACGGAAUGGGAGUGUCUGGAACACCCUUAUUUGUGCCACCACAACGGCUAACUCCUGAAUGGCUGGAAGCAAUGACAGUCUCUUCCCAACCAAGCAUCGAGUAUUUGUGUGACGGGAAGAAGCCUCCUUGGCUUGAUGCCGGAGCAGUCCUUGUGCUCGUGGCUGACGCGGCCGCUGACAGAGGCUGGAGUGAACGAUUUGCAUUGGCAGCUGCCUGUUUGAGAGAGGCCACCAUCGCCACUGCCCAUGUUCAUCCGUGUCCUAUAAUUUGGGCCUGCUGCAAGACAGCUGAACAUGAGCUGUGCAGCUGUCCUCUCACAGAGCGUUGGCGACAUCUGGUCAAGGUGGAAGUGUGGCAGGUGUCCUCACCUCGAGCUCUACAAGCCUUGGUCAAUCGCGCUGCUGCUACCCGACUGUCCGACACUUUUUUUCACAGCCCCGUUGCCAAGCCCCCUCUUCCAGUUCUGCUUUUCUUUCUCUGUCACUCUCCCUUUCUAGGUGCUCUUCUGUCGGUCGAUCUCAUUGCCGAUUGCGAGGUGCUGGCUUCAGCGACGACAAAGGGAGCCUCGGAUAUUUUUUCGGAUAAGUCGGAUCCCCACGCCUAUCCAGGCUUCACAUGCGAAGUGCACACUGCAGGCCUUCCCGUCCUGAUGUUGCGCAAGGACGGCUGCAGCAGCAUUGAAGAAUUGACAGCACCCAGAUCUACAUCCUGCAGGCUUCCAAGGUCUGCUUUGCUGAGCCAAAUCGUCGCUUUCAGCAGGGAUGCAGAGGUGUUGGCACGAUGCCGCGUGGUUGCCUCGUCCUGGCGCAAGGCACUGUCAGUGCCAGGACGGACAGGUCAAUUGGAGAAAUCACUCGUGCGCUUUGGUCGGAGUGUUUCGUCCUCUAGCCGCUGGGUCUUUUGGCAGCAUCUCUUGCACCAGCGCAGAGCGGCGAGACGAAGGAAAGAGACAGAGAAAGUGUAUGAAGACAUGCUUCAGCAGGGAAUGGAACAACCUCGAUUUGCAGAAGCUCGUGCAGUCAUCGCUGCGGAUGUUCCCAGGACGCUGCAGUCUUCCGAUGCUCCUCCUUCGCUUCGACCGGAAAGUGCUGUGAAUCCUCUUCCGCUAGAGGAGCGUGCAAAAGUCUUGUCUCGAAUCUUAGUAGCUCUGGCGGCAGCUUGCCCGUCAGUGGGAUACUGCCAAGGCUUGGAUAUGGCUUGUGGAUUUAUUUUAUCCGUGGCAGAAGAGGCUGCAAUCGCCGCUGCCGGAUUGGAUUUGGAACGAGCGGUUUUUGCAUUUCUUCUGGCAGUACUAGAACUUGGCGUGCGGGAGUGGUUUGAACCUCCCCUGCUGGGCCUGCGGGCAGCGACCUUUGCCUUCUGGAAGCUGUUGCAGAAUGAUUUGCCACUGGUGGCACAGAACUUGGCAUCUGAGUGUGUUGGUUGUGAGCUCCUCGUACUGCCCUGGUUUCAGACCUUGUUUUGUGGUGUUCGCUGGAUGCCACGGGAUGUGCUCAGCCGGAUUUGGGAGGCUUGGCUCCUGGAUGGAACGCCUAAGGUGCUUUUUCGAACAGCUCUGAUGCUUUUCCAGCAGUCGGCUGACUCUCUCUCCCAAUCAUGUUUGGAGGACAUUUCGCAACAACUCAAGCAAUGCCCACCUGGCCUCAGCUGUAACCCUGCGACUUUCUUAGAACUUGCCUGGCGCACAAAAGUGACCAGCAGAGUGUUGAGCUCCCUCGUGGCGGAGGCGAAUGAAAGUCUUUGCGAAAAUUCCUGUGCCUUACAGAAUCAGGGUGUUCGAAGACAUUGA